UAUUCUUCGUACUUUUCCUUAAAUUCUCAUUUUGUAUUCAGUAAUACACGAACUGUGAUACAUAGCGGAUAUCAUGUCGACAGAACAUGGAACGUUAAGAAGACGUCUCUUACUCAGAAAAUGGGUAUGGGAUUAUUUUUCGAUAAAAGAUAACGCUAUAAGUAUGUCGGUAUGUGAUAUUUGUGGUAAAGAAAUAGGCCAUUAUAAGAAAGAGUGUGAUAUACAAGAUAUGAAUAGACAUUUAUCUACUAUACAUCCAAAAACUUAUAAAAUAAUUGGAAAGAAAAAAAUCAAAGAAUGGGAAUCGCUCUUUGAAAGGAUAGAAAGCUCAACUGAUAGUACAAGAAUUAAUAUAAAGUGCAAACUAUGUGAUCCAAAUAGUAAUCCAUAUAAAACAGAGUUUCCAAUAUUCGUGAACAUCAGUAUGAAAACACAUUUAGAAGACGAACAUAACGUUACGGAACAUAAAUGGAGAAGUCUUGAAAAUUGGCGAGACACGAACCUAAGAGAGUAUUAUGACCUGACUGAGGAUCAUAUAGGAUCGAUAAAAAAAACAAGAUCGUGUAAGAAAUGUGAACAUCAUGAGUUUCAACGUAGUAAUCUGUGCAUCAUGCUAAAGCAUUUGAUCCAAGUUCAUGGAUCCGACAUUAUCUUCGAAUCCGAUUCACCUCCGAAACUACGUUUACCUUUGGAUAUACUACCAAAAGAAUUAAUUCCAUCGAAUGAUCUUGUAGAUCCUGUAAAUCCUGUAGAUCCUGUAAAUCCUGUAAAUCCUGUAAAUCCUGUAAAUCCUGUAAAUCCUGUAAAUCCUGAUGUUGCAUCGAGCAGCAAUCCAGGGACAUCGAGCAGCAAUCCAGGGACAUCGAGCAGCAAUCUAGAGCCAUCAGAAUCUGGCCAAUCUGAACUGAUGCAAGAACUUGACAGUUUGUUGGAUAAUUAUAUUUGGCAAAUAGAAGAUGUAGAUGCUGCAUCGACCGUGAAUCCACAGUCACCAACAUCUGACCUUUCUGAUAGCAGUCUUCCAGAACGUGCCAGUAAACGCCGUAAAAUCAGUCAUAAGACAAGAGAACGAAGAUAAUUAGUGAUAUUGCACGAAGCAACACCAUAACAUCGCUUCAACGUUUACACACACAAGUUCGGUCUCUAGAUUUGAUUUCUGAUACUUUGUAUCAUUACAUUGUAAUCGAGACACUCAAUGUUCUCCUGUUUAUAUCAUUGAAAGUAUUGAUAAAAACAAUGAAAACAAUGAAAAGAAUUUUUAACUAAUAAUUCAAACCAUUGACAUCUGAAUAGAUAGACGGAGCAUUAGCUAUCGAUUAAGACGAGAAGAGCUUUGAUAAUCGCGGUAAUGGGGAACUCUAUGAACUUCGGUUGAAUUAGGUUAUUCCCGAUAAUGAUCAGUUAAUAAUUCGA